AUGCCGCUUAUUCCAAGAAACUUUGGUCACUAUCCGAUUCAAUUUACGUCACCACCAUCCAACGGCUACCACCACGGUUAUGCAAACUAUGGUUAUCAGGGGAUGGGCCUAUCUCAACGUCAAUAUAACUAUCAGAUGACAUCUCCUCAAUUUGCUCGUCCAUAUCAAAAGAAUUCCGGUUACCAGUAUGGUUAUGGUCCGUAUUAUGGUGGCGGAACUCAAAACAUGAUACAGCCUUAUAAAAAGCCGGGAAUAGGGGCACAAUUUCUUAUGCUUCUAAACGGUAUAGAACAACAGCUUCAGUACGAAUCUUAUAUGAGAAAUUUACGCGCCUAUGAGAAUAAUCAACGAAAAUUUUAUAGAAGACAACAGCAAUAUUUCCCACCGACAAUUCAUCGGCCAUCUCAUCCACCGAUAAUACCUCCACCAUUAUAUACAAACAACAACAGGUCCAUUGUUGCUGAAUAUGAACGAGAAAUUAGAUAUGAACCUUUUCCAAUUUUUAUCACAAAACCUAAUUUGCACUCUGGGCAUAAUAUAGGUGGUCCGAAAUAUAUUUUUGUUCCCAUUUCAUAUCCCCCUUUUCAAUCUUCAAUGGGACCAUUAGUAAGUGCUUAA